GUCCUCCCUUUUCUGGGGAGCAGCAGCAGCAACAGCAAUAGUCGCAGAGACAGAGCAGAAGACGCCGCUUGUACACUGGGAAUGGCUUGUGUCUGAUUCCCUCUGAUCUCUGGAUUUACCGCUCACGAGUAGUCACACUUUCUAAGCGUUUAUAGGCAGAUUAGCAGCAGGCGAUCAAACCGAUCAUGUCUGACGAUUUCGGCUUCUUUGAAACGGGCGCUGCAGGGGAGACGGACGAGGAUCCAGCCGCUGCUUUCCUGGCCCAACAGGAGAGUGAAAUUGCUGGCAUAGAGAAUGACGAAGGCUUUGGGGUAGUGCAAGAGGACAGCCCGGUAGAAGAGGCUGAAAUGGUUGAUUUCAAUGACUUUGGGACAAUUCCAAUGAAUGGAGAACUCUACCAGGAGACCUCAGAUUAUACUGAUGGAUAUUCAGCAAUAGCACAGGCUGAUCGACUGACCCAGGAACCAGAAAGCCUAAGAAAAUGGAGGGAGGAGCAGAAAAAGCGUCUGGAGGAGCUGGAUGCAGCCUCAAAAGUGACGGAGCAGGAGUGGAGAGAAAAGGCAAAGAAAGAUUUAGAUGAGUGGUAUCAGAGACAAAGUGAACAGACAGAGAAAAACAAGGUAUCAAACAGGAUUGCGGACAAAGCGUUUUACCAGCAACCUAACGCUGAAGUUAUUGGUUACGUAGCAUCGGAUGAAGCCAUGGCGUCGGAUACAAAGGAAGAGGAAACUGGCACAGAAUGGGAGAAAGUGGCCCGUCUUUGUGACUUCAAUCCUAAGAGCAGCAAACAGUCAAAAGAUGUAUCUCGUCUACGAUCAGUCUUAAUCUCCUUAAAGCAGACACCUCUAUCUCGCUAGCUUUGCCUUUCCUUUACACAUCACUCCCCUGCAUUACAUGAUACCAAAGAAACGUUGAAGGCUGGGGCAAGUAACCGUAUGUGAUGCCCUCUGUUAAGCCAGCCAUUUAUUUUUCCCCACAGUGCAGAAGUCUACUGAAAUCGAAAAUCGUUCCAGUAUGUCAAAGUUACUACUAGUUGUCCUUAUAUUAGGUUGUUUCCGUUUAAAAGGGGCAUGUGUCAGAUAGGAUUCUUAGGUUAGUAUGAUGAACCUUCUUUUGCUUCGAGUAUCUGUAUUAAAGGUUGCUUCUUUUUUGAAUGGUGUAUAUAGCACAAUAAGACCUGGCUGGAAGAAGAAGAACCUAAUGUAUAAGGCGUAAAUCAUCAUGACAUGUUGAGAUGGUUCAUUUCAAAGCAGAGGAUUUGAAAACCUAUUCACAUACACAUAACUGCAGCUUUUGCCAGCACCACAGGUUCAUUACUCUGAUCAUAUCUUAAUCUUUCCACCAGCAACUGAUUUGUUAUGUGCUGGAUUACCCUUCAGUAUAAGUUUUAUAGAUUACUAUGGAACUACCAUUCCAAUCAUAUGUAUUGAACCUCCUCAGAGAUUGGCAAGUGACUGGGUGGAAACCAUAACUAUUAAAACAUUUACAAGCACCCUAAACUCACUUCUAUAUGAACCUUUCAGUAAUAAUAGGGCCUCAUAUAAUAAGGCCUAUAUAUAAGAUGCAAUGUUCGCAUUUAGGGGCUCAGACACAGAUGAUAAAUGAGUUGAGAAUAUAUACUGUUAAUUAUUUUAAAAGAUUCUACAAAUGGGGCAUUUUGCAACAGUGUUGGCUAAACGUAUUCUGUUUGAAUUAAUCAUUAAACUGAGUGUUAUGUUUUUAAUGGCAGGGGGUGGGAUGAUUUUAUUAUGUUUUGGCAUUGCAUUCUAAAAAUAAAGAUAACAUUGGUGAUAGUAA